AUGGCCGACAUCCAGAAAAUCAGCAGCUCCGUUUAUUCUCGAGUUUCCAUGAACUACAAAACUGAACGGCUGCUGGACUACUUCAAUGCCACUAAGGGCUUUCCCUGCUUGCUCAAGUCGGAAGACCGCGCCACGCCGCACUGUCUUGGAAAGAACAAAGGUCGUAGUCAUCCAUACAUUGAUCCCAUGGCGGUCCAACGUCUGCGAGAUUUUUAUCGGCCGUUCAAUCAGCGUUUCUAUCAAUUAGCAGGUAUGGAUUUCGGCUGGUAUUAAAGCUGGCACGUAUCGUAUACACACAUAUCGUAAAUAGGAAAACGGAACAGAGUCAAUUUUUAUCGUAUAUCAAAUAUUUAUGAUAGAUAUUACGUCUGAAUAUCUAUAAUCUGAUUUGAUAGAAUACAUGACACAAUGCAUGUAGGCAAUCAUAUCAGAACGUGCCAUUUGUUCAUAGGGUCUGCACGAUACUUCUCUCAAAUUUUAUUUUUUAACAUUUACGCACAUUGUGCUGUACUUGUUUGUUUCCCAAGUUUUCCUUUGAGUUUGCAAAGCUUUUCGUUAUACUAAUUUAAUAUAUCGAUAAUUUAUUUACGAGUACUUCGUAAUGGAAAUUGUUAUUGUUUUACAAAAUUAGUUAAUGAAUAAAUUUGAACAUAGUUCACGUAAAAUUGCGUUGCACAAUAAGUAAAAUUUUUAAAUGCUAUAAGUAUUUGUAUAUCAUCGUGGAAAUAACAAAAAGAAACAUUAUUCGUUGUUUUUAAAUUAUGAGCACGGUUCCCGUCCGGAAGUCUUUACGAACAACCAUGACAUAUCUAUAGCUCCUAUAAUUAUUAUAAUUAUCAUAGUAACAAUAAUAAUCAUGUCUGAGAAUCAUAUCUGAGAUACUUCCACGUAAUAAGAAGGAUUAUAUAAAAUCUAUGAAUACAUAUGUACAGUAGAAUAAAUACGUAAAUAAGAAGAAUGCGUAGACUUUGUUCAGCUCAACGUAUACCACUAGUUAUUUUGUUGAAAUAUAGUAAAAUGCAAUUAGUUGAAUGCACAGUUAAAAUAUAAAUAUAUUCUCUGUUGGAUUUUUUGUUAUUAACUUUCAACUCAUUAUUCUGAGAUGUUUAUAGAUUAAGAUAUAGGUGCAAUAUUAUAUACAUCUUUUUAUAUGUUAAUUUAGAUUUAUGCGGAAUGUAAUUGCGUGUAAGAUUAUAUAAUAUAACUGCAACAAUCAGGAGCGAAUUAAUUAAAAAAUCGGAGAAACUUUGUAUCAAUUUUUUUCACACCUGACUGUAUUUUAUAUGAAAAAGAAAAAGAAAUUCUGUACAAAAAUGUAUAUGAAGUAAUAUUUCAAUUAGUUUACUAAAACCUUUUACAUAAUUCAAAUUUAACAAAUAAAAAGAGCAUUCUUCCAGACUGUAAAAUUUAAUUUGUUAUUAAAUUGCAAAUAGUGCUUCUCAUGCAAGAAAGAUUCAUAAAUUUGAUUACGUAAAUUGUUAUUUUGUCUCUUAAAGACAUAUCUUAUAUUUAUGUAGUUUUGAAUCAGCAUCUUUGCCUUUUUGUGUAAUACAUCCGGUAGUCUUCGUAAACCAUCCGCGUUCGCUUCUGAUAACGAUUUAUCGCGCGCAUUUAUCUAUAAUACAUACAGUGUAUAUAAUAACUACGAACAAGUAAAAUUAUUACCACAAUUCGCUAGUUCCUAAGUACUAAAAAUUAAUUAUUAGAACAAGGACACGCGCAUUAGAGGAUAGUUAUAAUAUAUAGAUAUUCGAUUAUAAUUAAAUCAUGGACCGAGGAUUCAUUAUGCAGAAUAUAACGUGAAAUAUGUGAAUGCGUAAUAAGAACAUAUUUUUUAAAAACAGAUUUAUCAUCAUGGUUUUAGGAAAAAAUGAAUUUACUCUGAUAUUAACAUCAAAAUUUAAAUAAAUCUAUUGCUAAUUUCUAUAUUUUACGAUAUAGUCUGUAUAUAACAGUCACUGUCAUUUAUAAGACAGACCAUGAAAUCAGUGAAUUAGGAAGUGAAUUCAAAAUGAAGAAAUUAAUUUAAACAUAAAGGCGCAGAUUAUUAAAUUGUCCUAGAAGCUCAAGAAAUUAGGUCGAAAAUGUUAAUACAUUUUAUAUGUAGGAAAGAUUAAUAAUAGGAGGAUUAUAUUUAUCUAGAAAGUAAGAAUGAAAGUAGGCAAGACUUAGGCGACACAAUCCACAUCGCGCAAACGAUGAAUAAUGUAAUAGUGAAGCACAAUGCUUUUGCUCAAAUUAUACGACAGGGCUGUCAAUAGACAUAAGUAUUUCAUAUAAUGUUUUCAAUAUAUAGAUUAUUUGAGAUAAAUAGAAUAAAAUAUAUACAUGUA